GAAGUCCUAUCAAAGCAUGGCUCUGUUCUGUGCUGGGUCUUCCAUUGCCCAUCAGAUCGUCUUCAUCCCAGGAGUGGUGAUUGGUGAGUGUGUUUCAAAGAAAUUGGCAUUACUGUUACGCUCUGUUAUAUUCUGGCAUGACCAAACUGGUAGCAAAAUGUUGUGCAACAGAAAAGGUUUCGCAAUGGAAACGAGAGUUUCUAUUGGACAAAUUCAGGUAGGUCCCUCCCUGUUUCAUUCCGUUUCCUUGUUUGGUUCCUAGAGAAUACAAAUACCUGAAACUUAGCUAGUGUUUUGCUUUAUUUGGAGAAAUAAAUGUUUUGUCGUUUCUUUAUGUAAAUGCAUUUUUGUUGACAUUAUGGAGGCCUAUUUCUACCACUGCUAACAUCACUACCUUUAUUUUGUGAAUAAAACCACAUAUUUACAUCUUAUCCUUUGCCUCCUGCCUGCCGGACGCACAUACAUGUACCACAAGGUGGCAAUAGUAGACCUACUUAUUAUUGGUUGUUUCUGUAUUCCAUUCUGUCUGUCUGACUCCACUUUGCUGAUAGUUCUAUAGUUGCCGCUUUGAUAGAAAAAAUUCAUCAGUUUGACAACUAUUUAAACCAUGAAUGUAAUUAAUUUAUUCGCAUUGCGUAAAUCUCUGGGUGCGUUCCUAUGCUUAGACGUUGCUGACGCCUGACAGAUCUUACAACUCCUAGAUAGGUAUUUUAAGUAUCAUCUAAACACAUCAUGUUAUAGCAAUUUGUCAGUAGAUGACACAGUCGAUGACGUGGCACUCAACUAUUGUUUGUUGCGUUACCUCGCCUUAGCUGUGGAACGCUCCCUAUAUAUAGCCUAGGCUACUCUGAGAAUAAUCCAAUCAUGAAGUUUGUGAAGUUUUUUUAUUUUAUAUUUGUACUUUUUUAAAUUAACAAACAACAAACAUCAACAAGUGAAAGAGGAAUAUUCACAUACAAAAAAUAUAUAUACAAACUUUUUACAUUGCCAGGGAUCCUACACAAACAAAUCAUAUUGAUUAAUAGUACUACAGGUUUUAACUGCCAUUUUGUUUUUACUUUUAGUUAAACUAGUGCCAAAAGUGUAGCGGGUGAUUUGGACGGAGUCAGGCGCAGGAGGGUAAAUCACAGAAUAAAUGAUUUAUUCUGCAAUACAGCGGCACGCAGCAAUGAGUAAAACACCACAAUGCGGUAAUAACGGCGCACUGGAGAAAACAAAGCACACGGGUGAAAAUCCCGGCGAUACAAAUAUAGUAACCUCCACAAUAAACAAUCACACACAAAGACAUGGGGGGCAGAGGGAAUACUUAUACAGGUACUGAUGAGGGGAUAUGAAGCAGGUGUGUGUAAAAACAAGACAAAACAAAUGGAAUGAUGAGAUGAGGAGCGACAGUGGCUAGAAGGCCGGUGACGACGAACGCCGAAGCCUGCCCGAACAAGGAGAGGAGGCAGCUUCGGAGGAAGUUGUGAUAAAAAGUUAGGUUUUGAAUCAGACCAUUUUAUUUUGUGAAUAUAAAAUUGACCUAUAAUUAUAAGCUUUUGGGUUAAAUAUACUACUGGAGGAAAACCAAACUUCCGGAGGACCUAUCAUACUUUCACUCCCUCCUCUCUACCUUCUCGUCCUCUUUAUCCGCUGCUAAAGCAACUUUCUAUCACUCUAAAUUUCAAGCUUCUGCCUCUAACCCUUGGAAACUAUUUUCCACCUUCUCCUCCCUCCUUAAUCCUUCACCCUCUCCCUCUCCCUCCUCCCUCUCUGCGGACGACUUUGUCAAUCAAUUUGAAAAGAAGGUUGACAACAUCCGCUCCUCAUUCACUCAGCCUAUUGAGUCCACUGGUCCCACUCACACAGAACUACCCUACGCCUUGACCUCUUUCUCCCCUCUCUCUCCAGAUAAAAUCCUGCGACUAGUGAGAUCCGCCCAACAACCUGCCCAUACGACUCCAUCAAUAGAAAUGGCGCUGGAGGGAAUAGCGGCCGUUUUACAGGCUCCUGACCAAUUGUGCUAUUUUGUGUUUUUUUUGCACAGAUCUAAACUUUUUUGUACAUAAUGUUUCUGAUAUCUUUUCCUAUGACUGAAAAGAGCUUCUGGACAUCAGAACAGCGAUCACUAACCUCAAUUUGAAUGAGGAUUUCCACUUUGAUGAGACAAAUGACAUACUGCUCAUCCCGGACCAGGCCCAAAUCCCCGACACUCGAAGAAGGAAGAGGCGGUUUUAUAGAGGCCGGUGUGCGGGAUACCUGACGAGACUACGAUGGCGAGUGGAUAAACCGCCUCUACCCUCCGUUCUAUUGGCAAACGUGCAAUCACUGGAGGAUAAACUGGACGAGCUCCGUUCGAGACUAUCCUAUCAAUGUGAUCUGAAGAACUGUGAUAUCCUAUGUUUCUCAGAGCUGGUUUUUCUAUACAUCGGCAGGACAGAACGGCAGCGUAGGGCAAACUCAGGGGGGUUGUGUUUCUUUGUUAGAACAGCUGGUGUGCAAUCUCUAAUAUUGACAAAGUCUCGAGGUUCUGCUCGCCUGAGUUAGAACACCUCAUGAUAAGUUGUAAAUCAUACUAUUUGUAGAGAGAGUUUUCAUCUAUAUUUUUCGCAGCUGUCUACUUACCACCACAAACCGAUACUGGCACUAACACCUCACUCAAUGAGCUGUAAAGGACCAUAAGAAAACAAGAAAAUGCUCAUCCAGAACCUAGUAGCCAAUGAUUUUAAUGCAGGAAAACUGAAUUUGUCGUACUUAUUUUUUUUUCAAAAAAUGUUUACCCCUUUUUCUCCCCAAUUGGUAGUUACAGUUUUGUCCCAUCGCUGCAACUCCCGUACGGACUCGGGAGAGGCAAAGGUUGAGAGCCAUGCAUCCUCCGAAACACAACCCUGCCAAGCCGCACUGCUUCUUGACACACUGCUCGCUUAACCCGGAAGCCAGCCGCACCAAUGUGUUGGAAGAAACACCAUACAGCUGGCGUCCGAAGUCAGCGUAGAUGCGCCCGGCCCGCCACAAGGAGUCGCUAGAGCGUGAUGGAACAAGGACAUCCCAGCCGGCCAAACCCUCCCCUAACCAGGACGACGCUGGGCCCUCAUGGGUCUCCCGGUCACGGCCGGCUUCAACACAGCCUGGGAUCGAACCAGCAUGUCACCUGUGCAACUAGAGGUGAAAAAACUCAAGAUCACCUUCACCUUCACGCAUACAAAGCUCUCCCUCGCCCUCCAUUUGGCAAAUCUGACCAUAACUAGAUCCUCCUGAAUCUUGCUUACAAGCAAAAACUCAAACAGGAAGUACCAGUGACGCGCUCAAUGCGGAAGUGGUCCAAUGAAGUGGAUGCUAAGCUACAUGACUGUUUCGCCAGCACAAACUGGAAUAUGUUCCAGGAUUCAUCCGAUGGCAUUGAGGAGUUUACCACAUCAGUCACUGGCUUCAUUAAUAAGUGCAUCGACGACGUCUUCCCUACAGUGACUGUACGCACAUAUUCCAACCAGAAGCUAUGGAUUACAGGCAACAUCCGCACUGAGCUAAAGGCUAGAGCUGCCGCUUUCAAGGAGCGGGAUACUAAUCCGGACACUUAUAAGAAAUUCCGCUAUGCCCUCUGACGAACCAUCAAACAGGCAAAGACUCAAUACAGGACUAAGAUAAAAAACCUACUACACCGGCUCCAAUGCUUGUCAGAUGUGGCAGGAGUUGCAAACUAUGACGGAUUACAAAGGGAAACCCAGCUGAGAGCUGCCCAGUGAUGCAUGCCUACCAGACGAGCUAAAUGCCUUCUAUGCUCGCUUCGAGGCAAGCAACACUGAACCAUGCGUUAGAGCACCAGCUUUUCCGGAUGACUGUAUGAUCACACUCUCCAUAGCCGAUGUGAGUAAGACCUUUAAACAGGUUAACAUUCACAAGAUUUGCAACUUGUCUGUUUACACUAGCCUUGGAUGUGGUGUGGCCAAAGCCACAUCCCUGCUUCAUGUGUGAGUGCAGCUAUUAGUAUGCCGUAAAUACCAUAGUACAUAGACAAACAAAAAAAGGAAAGCAAUUCAAACUAUACAGGAGCAUCUAAACCAUAUUGCACAUAGUAUUUUCACAGUGAACACCACUCUCUGCACCUGGUAGCUGGACUUACUGACAGGCCGCCCUCAGGCGGUGAGGGUAGGCAUCAACACAUCCGCCACGCUGACCCUCAACACGCAGGUCCAAACAUAGUCGUGAAGAGGGCACGACAACGCCUCUUCCCCCUCAGGAGGCUGAAAAGAUUUGGCAUGGGAAAAUCCUCAAAAAUGUCCUAAGCUGUACCAUUGAGAGCAUCUUGACUGGCUGCAUCACCGCUUGGUAUGGCAACUGCUUGGCAUCAGACUGUAAGGCGCUACAGAGGGUAGUGUGUACGGCCCAGUACAUCACCUGUUUACCAGGCGGUGUCAGAGGAAUGCCCUAAAAAUUGUCAAAGACUCCAGCCACCCUAGGCACAGACUACCGCACGGCAAGCGGUACCGUAGCGCCAAGUCUGGGACGAAAAGGCUCCUGAACAGCUUCUACCCCCAAGCCAUAAGACUGCUGAACAGUUAAUCAAAUGGCUACCCGGACUAUUUGCAUUGACCCCAUUUUUUUUGUUGCACGGACUCUAUGCACACUCACUGGGCUCUACCCACACACUCACACAUACCACAAUGACACUCCAACAAACACACACACACACACACACACACACACACACACACACACACACACACACACACACACACACACACAGUACAUUGAUGCCACACACACACUACAUGGACACACACACAAACACACACACACUGCAUCACCACAUUGACGCCACACACACUCUCACAUAUAGAAACUCUUUCACACUCUUCACAUACGCUGCUGCUACUCUAUUAUCUAUCCUGAUUGCCUAGUCUCUUCUACCCCUACCUACAUGUACAUAUUACCUCAACUACCUGUUUGGCUAACAGAGCAAAAAAGUAAUGUAUAUUUGGCUAACAGAGCAAAAAUGCUGUCUACUGGUAUUAAAGGUAAUUAUUCCAGGGACAUGUAGUCUGGGAGAGCCGUUGUCUUUACACUUUUACCACUCAAAGGGGGGUAUGUGGUGUAGAUGUCUCCCACACUACCUCCGGAGAGAUUUGAAUCUAGAUCCGUCUCUUUACACUGCACAAGUAUCUCUCAUGGAUCUAGUUUGUGUCAUCAUCAAAGUAGUGUAGUGUAGUUUGCCUAAUCUUUACUACUUUGCAUAAUGACACCCUUUUACCGUGACACACAUCCCGUAAAUGCCCUAAUCAUUCAAAUGUAUUUUCUGUUCAAGUAGGUUACACAUUCUAACAGAGUAGCUUCUUUAAGGUCCACUAUACUCUUAAGUGGUCAUUAAUCUGUCUAGUUCUGGAAGCAAAUCUUUAAAUUAAUGCUUUUAAGUGCUAUCCUCUGGGGAUCUAAUGUAAAUGUUGUCAAUUUCCAUUCCAUUCAACUCAAUUUCUUUCAUGUCCUCUGAAAGAUGAAACACUAUGGUCUUCACAUGUUAACUGUGUGUCUCUCUCUUCCACAGUGCUAGGAGCCAAAGUACUGUCGUCUGUCAUCACAGUGUGACAAAAGGAAAAUGUUGACGCCUUGUUUUAUUGUAUGCAGUAGUAGUACACACACACUUAAGUUGUCUAAAGAGAGAAUGUUAAAAGUAGACUGAGUGAGAACAAAAGGAAUCUCUCUCUCUCUCUCUCUCUCUUUCUCUCUCUCUCUCUCUCUCUCUCUCUCUCUCCCUCUCCCUCUCGCUCUGUGUUUGUUGUGUUUUCUUUCACCUGUCUGGUGGGCCUGACCAACGCCCUGGAACAGGAUGGCUACAUCUCUGGAUACAUGGGCUUCUACCUUAAAAGGGUUAGUUAGCUAGCAACAGUGGUGUAAAGUACUUAAGUAAAAAUACUUUUUUGGGGUAUCUGUACUUUACUUUACUAUUUAUAUUUUUGACUACUUUUACUUUUAGGACUCACUAAACACAAAUGCUUUGUUUGUAAAUUAUGUCUGAGUGUUGGAGUGUGCCCCUGGAUAACCGUAAAUAAAAAAACAAGAACAUUGUGCCGUCUGGUUUGCUUAAUAUAGGGAAUUUGAAAUUAUUUAUACUUUUACUUUUAAUACUUAAGUAUAUUUUAGCAAUUACAUUUACUUUUGAUACUUAAGUAUAUUUAAAACCAAAUACUUUUAGACUUUUACUCAAGUAGUAUUUUACUGGGUGACUUUCACUUUUACUUGAGUAAUUUUCUAUUAAGGUAUCUUUACUUUUACUCAAGUAUGACAAUUUUGGGUACUUUUUCCACCACUGGCUAGCAAGUCCUUUUCUUUUACUAGUCCAAUCCAUUAGGAUAUUAGACUAAUAAGAUCCUGACUCUGUGAGUAAUCUGUCUGUGUUGUUGCAUAACUGUAGAUUGAUUAGCCUGAUCCCAGGUCUGUUUAUGCUAUCCUGCCAACUCUCGUAUGGUCAUUGUCACGCUGUUGGGUGUAAACAGAAGGAUCUGACCCUUUUUUCAAUUUUCGCCUAAAAUGACACACCCAAAUCUAACUGCCUGUAGCUCAGGACCUGAAACAAGGAUAUGCAUAUUCUUGAUUCCAUUUGAAAGGAAACACUUUGAAGUUUAUGGAAAUGUGAAAUUAAGGUAGGAGAAUUUAACACAUUAGAUCUGGUUAAAGAUAAUAAAAACAAAAAAACAUGCGUUUUCUAUUUUUUUUUAUUUAUCAUCUUUGAAAUGCAAGAGAAAGGCCACAAUAUAAUAUUGCAGUUUAGGUGCAAUUUAGAUUUUGGCCACUAGAUGGAAGCAGUGUGUGCAAAGUUUCAGAUUGAUCCACUGAAGCGUUGCAAUACUGGACUAUUUUGUAUGAAGUACAUAACUAUAGAGAACAUACAAAAAUGAUAUGGUAAUACAAAAUGUAAGUUUACACACUCCCAAGAAUGUCAUACAUGAUGGAUCAUUAGCUUAUACACUAACUUUCACACAUCUAGAUGGCUAGGCGGGGUGGGUGUGGAGCCAGAGACAGCAGGGGUUCAAACUGUAGAACCCAGUUCCUACAUUUGAAUAUAAAAAUGGAUUUUAUCAAACAAAACUAUGCUAAAUUUUAUCUCUAGUACCCUUAGGGUGACAAAUCAGAGCAAGAUUACUGAACGUAAGUACAUUAUUUACCUUCAGAGGUGAAUGUAUCAAACCAGUUGCCGUGAUACGUUUUUUGUUGUUGUGCACUCUCCUCAAACAAUAGCAUGGUAUGUUUUCACUGUAAUAGCUAUGUUUUCACUGUAAAUUGGGCAGUGCAGUUAGAUUAACAAUAAUUUAAGCUUUCUGCCCAUAUAAGACAUGUCUAUGUCCUGGAAUGUUUUCGGUUACUUACAACAGUCAUGCUAAUCACAUUAGCGCACAUUAGCUCAACCGUCCAAAAUACGGGACACCGACCCUGUAGAGGUUAAUAUGUGGUUGGGGAAACCCUUAAAAAUGAACACAUACUGUAUUUAUGAGCAAUACAAUAUAGGUUAUUAAAUAGUAUAUGAUGUAAUGACCCAUCAGGGGGAGCCCUACCUGAGUGCAGCCUAUGCUGUGAUGAUGUCUUAUUGGGAGGUUGUCCUUCACUUCCUCCUCUUCCUCACCAUGAUCCAUUGCAUGUUCAGGGGGUAAGUGCUGAUGCCCUUUCUCUAUAUCAUGUGUCUUUCGUAAAGACUGUUCCUACGGUAGAGUGCCAUAGUGCACAUUUCAUUGUGUAAACAUUCCUAUCACAAUAGUGGCAAUGCUAUUUUCGUCAGUGAGACAGUCAAUACAGGGUUAUCUAUUUCCUGUCCAUACAGGAAGUCCUAUCGCAGCAUGGGGCUGUUGUGGGCGGGGUCAUCCAUUGCCCAGCAGAUCGUCUUCAUCCCAGGAGUGGUCAUCGAUGAGUGGCCUUGUUCUAAAAAGUAUUCGAAACACUCCUUUCCUUGGAAUAUUUCCUAGGAAUAAUCGCAGAGCCAACAUUCUUUGAUAGGUGAAUGCAGUGGUCCACUGCUUCUAUUCCACUACUAACAUUCCAGUAUUGUAAUGGUAUGGCUUUUUGUGUUUUUAUAGGUAAAUAUAGUUCAAAAAUGUGUCCCGCCUUUGGAGGAAUACUCCCUUCUUGUUGUUGCCUGUAUGGGGAGCCACCCUGCUUUUAGUAGGCCCAGAGAGCUGCCAAUCAUUCCUGCAGACAAGGUUGCAACAGAGCAAAAGAGAAGUCUCCUUUAUCAUCCUGUUGAUCUGAUCCUGUUUGUGCCACUCAAAUAAAGUUCAGGAGAUGUUUACUGUACAUGGAAGCAAUUGAAAUCUAAAGUUAGACAUUGAACACAUUGUAAACGUGUAUUAAUUCCUCCAAUCUCUCUCUCUCUCUCGAUCUCUCUCUCUCUCUCUCUCUCUCUCUCUCUCUCUCUCUCUCUCCUCUCUCUCUCUCUCUCUCUCUCUCUCUCUCUCUCUCUCUCUCUCUCUCUCCCCCUUUCUUCCUCCCUCCCUCUCCCUCCCUCCCUCCCUCCCUCCCUCCCUCCCUCUAUCACCUAGGUGGUCCUAGACUGUCCUCUGGAUACGUGCUUCACCUACAUCUACCAGUAUGAGGACCCUGUGGCCUUCCCUAAAGUCAUGCUGAGUCCUAGAAAAAGAAUAAGUAGAACAGACAUACGGUUGUUCUAAAUCCCACUGUCUGUUGCGGCAGACCAUCCUUACUGUCCCAUAUUGCAUGUCAGUGUAAUCACCAUUGUGUAUAGCAUACCCAUGGAUGUAAAAUGACAUUUGUCCUGUUAUGUGAUUGCUCUAGAUGCUGGUGUAUUUGUUCUAUGCGUUGCCUCUGCUGGCUGUGUUCAUUUACGGGCUGAGGACACCUGGCUGUACCUGGAUGCUGGACUGGACAAUCUUCUUUGCGGGGGCCAUAGCCCAGGUAACAGUCAUAUUCAGUGCAAUGACCUACUACUACUGCACUCUUAUGCAUCUCUCUUUGUCUAACAUGGAGGGAUGUAUAGAAUAGAAGCGAUGGUGUAUUGGAAAAGCUAUAUACAACCUCCUCUAAAACACCCCUACUCUUUUCCUCUUCCCCAGACCCAGUGGUGCCAUAUCGGAGGAUCACUCCACUCCCGUACCUCCUUCACAUACCGGGUCCCCACGGACAAAUGGUUGACUGCUAUGAUUCUAAACAGGCUGUAUGUAGGUGCACCUAUCGUCUUAGCCAUCCAAUGCCACAUCAGCCCUACAUUCUGCAUGCCGACUGUACCCAAGGGAGAGACCAACCUGGAGAAGGACAAC